CAGUAGUUCAGUAUGGAACGCCAGGCUGGGACGGCAGGGCACUUUCAGGCCUGCUGUCCCUGGGAGGACAGGUCUUCAGGAGACGCCUGAGGAAUACAGUUCCAGGUUUUGUCCUCGGAACCCUACUCCAGCACCCUCCUCUAAGUUCCAGACGGGACAGGAAGUGUCCAGAGGAGGUGGAAGUGAUUGGCAGUUGGAGGCUCCAAUGGGCGGAGAGCCCCCCCUGUUUCACCUCUUUCCUUCUAUUGGCGCCUGGAGGAGCCGCCCCGACUGCAGGAGCCCAGCACUGCAGGGAGGAGAGGCUGGGGCAGAGGGUGAGGGCGGAGGGCGCUGGCGGCGAAAGCCGCGGAAGAUGAGCAGCAGCUGUUUAGGGCUGAGCAGGGUCCUGGUGGUUGUGGCUACAGCCCUGGUGUCUUCCUCCUCCUCCUGCCUCCAAGCUUGGGGUCCUCCAGGGGUCCAGUAUGGGCAGCCUGGCAGGCCGGCGAUGCUGUGCUGCCCUGGAGUGAAUGCUGGGACACCAGUGUCCUGGUUUCGGGAUGGGGAGUCAAGGCUGCUCCAAGGACCUGAUUCUGGACUAGGACACAGACUGGUCUUGGCCCAGGUGGACAGCACCAGUGAGGGCACUUACAUCUGCCAGACCUUGGAUGGUGAAUCUGGGGGCAUGGUGACCCUGAAGCUGGGAUUUCCCCCAGCUCGUCCCAAAGUCUCCUGCCAAGCAGUAGACUACGAAAACUUCUCUUGUACUUGGAGUCCGGGCCAGGUCAGCGGUUUGCCCACCCGCUACCUUACUUCCUACAGGAAGAAGACCCUGCCAGGAGCUGAGAGUCAGAGGGAAAGCCCAUCCACAGGGCCUUGGCCAUGCCCUCAGGACUCUCUAGAGGCUUCCCGAUGUGUAGUUUAUGGGGCAGAGUUCUGGAGCGAGUACAGGAUCAAUGUGACUGAGGUGAACCCACUGGGUGCCAGCACAUGCCUACUGGAUGUGAGAUUACAGAGCAUCUUACGUCCUGAUCCACCCCAAGGCCUACGGGUGGAAUCAGUACCUGGUUACCCACGACGCCUACACGCCAGCUGGACGUACCCUGCCUCCUGGCGUCGCCAGCCCCACUUCCUGCUCAAGUUCCGGCUGCAGUACCGCCCAGCGCAGCAUCCAGCAUGGUCCACGGUUGAGCCCAUUGGCUUGGAAGAGGUAAUAACGGAUGCUGUGGCUGGACUGCCCCAUGCAGUACGAGUCAGUGCCAGGGACUUCCUGGAUGCUGGCACCUGGAGUGCCUGGAGCCCAGAGGCCUGGGGUACUCCCAGCACUGGUCCCCUGCAGGAUGAGGUACCUAAUGGGAGACAGGCACACAAACAGCAGCAAGAGACGGUAGCUCAGGACAGUCUCACUUCUCCAAGGCCUUCCUCGCAGCCAGGCUUGAGGCCACUUGUUAUGUGUGGCCUUCUCAGAUCACAGGGACCCAUUGGAGCAAGUGGCUGUGUUGGCAUCUUUGGGAAUCUUCUCUUUCCUUGGCCUGGCUGUUGGAGCCCUGGCACUAGGGCUCUGGCUGAGACGGGGUGGGAAGGAUGGUCCUCAGAAACCUGCAUUCUUGGCGCCAAUGAUUCCAGUGGACAAGCUUCCAGGCAUUCCAGACCUGCAGAGGAGCCAGGAGAACUUCAGCUGAUUUCUCCUGUAACCCUGUCAGACUGGGGGAGUUAAAUGGACAGGCAGAGAGAGGCAGAGCACUGGAAACCUAAGGGGGGUCUCAGCGGGAAGCCUGGAAGCCCUUCUCUUUGAGACACUAUACUCCAACCUUGCUGUCAGCUGCUCAUGCUCUGGAUCUCUGACGUCAUCCUUGAGGUGGCAGUCUACCCAAGGAAUGUGUAUAGAUGUGCAUGUAUAGAUGUGCAUGUGUGAUUGGGUGUAUGUAUGUAUAUAGAUGGAGAGUGUGUGUGGUCUUGGCCCUGGCCCUUAUGGGGACUGUGAAGAGCUGAAACAAAGAGACGGAAGAAGUUUUUGGA